UGUGCUGUUCACUCACUGGAUGAUGUACGAGCAAGAGCUAUCCGACUGGUGGCUAACAAACUUUAUGCGAUGAGCAAUGUUGCUGAACGCAUCGAGCAAUUUUCCACAAAUAAGUUCUUGUUGGCUGUAGAACAGCACACUUCAGAGACAGGGCUUUCACAAUCUGUAUCCUACAAACAAAGAAUAGGACAGUUAAUGUUUGAUCAUGAGAGGUCCCCAGGGUUCAUCAAAUUCUCACAGGUGGGAAGCCAAGAAACAUCUGUAAGUGGUUCUCAAAUUUCAGAUCCUGGAAUUUCAGAAAAUGACACCAUUAAGGUUGCAGAAGAUGACUCAACAUCUGAUUCAGCAAUUUCAUUUUCUCAAUCACAGCAACUUCUCUCAUUGUUUUUUGCAUUAUGUGCAAAGAAACCAAGCCUUCUUCAACUUGUGUUUGAUAAUUAUGCCCGUGCACCGAAGGCUGUUAAGCAGGCCGUUCAUCGUCAUACCCCUGUUCUUAUAAGGGCUUUGGGGUCAUCAUAUUCCGAACUGCUACAGAUAAUAUCUGAUCCACCCCAGGGAAGUGAACUGCUAUUGACACAGGUGCUUCAUCUUUUGUCUGAAGGCAAGACGCCUCCACCUGAUCUAGUGGCCACUGUCAAACGAUUAUAUGAUACGAAACUAAAGGAUGCUUCUAUUCUUAUACCAAUACUAUCGUCAUUUUCAAGAGACGAGGGUUCUGCUCAUUCGGGUCCAGCAUUGACACCAGCAGAAGUCUUGGUAGCAAUUCAUGAUAUCAUUCCUGAAAGAGAUGGUCUUCCACUCAAAAAGAUCACAGAUGCUUGCUCGGCUUGUUUUGAGCAGCGGACUGUUUUUACGCAACAGGUCCUGGCUAAGGCCUUAAACCAGAUGGUUGAUCAAACUCCUCUCCCACUACUAUUCAUGAGAACUGUAAUCCAAGCAAUUGAUGCGUUUCCAACACUGGUUGAUUUUGUCAUGGAAAUUCUGUCCAAACUUGUGAACAAACAGGUAUGGCGAAUGCCAAAAUUAUGGGUUGGAUUCUUGAAAUGUAUCUCGCAAACGCAGCCACAUUCAUUCAGUGUACUGUUACAGUUGCCAUCACCACAGCUUGAAAGUGCUCUGAACAAAUAUUCUAAUCUUCGUGGUCCUCUGUCGGCUUUUGUGAAUCAGUCUAGUGUUAGAUCCUCUCUCCCAAGGUAAGGUCAUCUUGCAUCUCAUUGAAUACUGCUCAGUGCUAAGGGAAUUUGAUGAAUUCCAGAUUUUAUUGAAUCAUUGUUAUAAUCUUGGUAAAAUUACCCAGCACGAUUUAUUGUCUCUUGAGGGGACGAUAAAUAAGUGAUGAAAAGUGUUGCUAAUCAACUGAGUUUUACAAAAACACGUGGAGUAAAAAGUUAAUAUCUAGAAGAAUAUUAGCAAUAACAUUCCAAUCUCAUUGCUGUCAUUGAAUGUUGAAAAUCAUGGGUUCUGGAGGCCUACAUUUUUUAUUCUUGGCUAAUUUGUUAAAGGUAUGAUGUCCCCAAAGUACACUUGACUGUUGCUCCAUGUUGGUUUAUUAGCUCUAAUUCUUUUUUUUACCGGACUAACUGGCUACAUAAUGCUUCAUGAGUUAUCAGUUUAUCUAUAGAAAACAUAUGCCACGCAACAGGCCUAGCAAAUAAGAGCUGGUGACAGUUAAAACAAUGCUUUAUCUUUGAAGCAUACAAAAGUUGGUUAAACAAUGGAUUUCUGCAUCAUGUAUUAAAUUUUAUGCUAGAUCGUAAAAGGUUUUGAGGUCUAAAAUGAACAUUGUACUAAGCAGUGAAGAUUCCUUAUGAAAUUGGGUUUGGAAAAUUGGACCAAGCGGUGAAGUUAUUGAGGUCUAAAUGAACAUUGUACUAAACAAUGGAUACUCUGUAUCGUUCCAAUGACCCCUACCCGCUAUUUCGUUCUGGCAAUGCUAUACCCCUCCAAAUUUUGGGUUUGGAAAAUCGGAGCUUUUGAAAAUUUAGCCCCAAAUUACAAAUCCUAAU